AUGUAUCGAAAACAUGAUUUGAAGGUGGCUGUGGACGAGUGGUUGUCCGAUAUUAGAGCAAAUCUUCCUCAUGUUCUUGCCAGCUGUGGUCCAAUAAGCCCUUUUGUGCAGAUUGGGAAAGGAGUCAUGGACUUGUUUUGGUUGCCCGUUGCCGAGUUGCGAAAAGAGGAUGGUCAUGUAGUGAAAGGAAUCCAAAAAGGUGUUGGAUCCUUUGGCUUGUCGUCUGCAGCAGGCGUUGUCGGAAUGGCGCAGACUGUUGUUGGAGUAAUUCAGAUGUUCGCUGAGUCAGUCCUCCAAGAAGUGCAGCCAACGGCACCUUAUCUGAAUGAACGUAAUCGCCGAGCGUUGGCUGCGAGGGCAGCUGCACCAACAGAUCUUCGUCAUGGGAUGCAGCUCGCAUACGACAUCGCGUCAGAUGGCUACCGACAAGCUCGCGAUGAUUUGGAACUGGCUGCACAAGAAGAUCGAGCGUCUGGACAAUCUUCCUUCCGUAGUGUGCUUAAAAUCGCACCAAAGACUUUCAUUCGGCCACUUGUUGUCAGCACACAAAUCGGAUAUCAGUUGCUGGGAGGUCUUCGCGCUCAGUUAAGACCCGAUGUCUACCAAGACGAGCGGCAUAAAUGGAAGGACGAAGAGGUCCCCGGUGGUAGUGGACAACAUUAA